GAAAAUUACGAAUGACUCUCUAGAGUGGUUACACAGCCCAGUCUUGCCACCUGAAACUGUCCCAACCGAGGAAGUAAGUCACUCCGUGAGAUCAUCUUUUGAGAACAUGGAACAGUCCAACAACUCUGAACUCAUGUCUGAUUCUACUCCGUCUGAAAAGACUCCUGAGAUAUGUCCUCCCACCACGGAAGAAUCGGGGAAUUCCUCCUAUCUCGAGGAAGGUAAGUAUCCUUUGGACCCCGCGGGAAGAAAGAACAAGGAGCUGAUGUGGCCUUCGGGACACCGCCCGGCCCCUAUGCGGGAAGGGGAAAGAGUACAUUUUUGGGAGCAGUCAUCAAGCACUUGCCCUGAAAACACAGAAAUCGGCUUUACCGUUCCCAUGGCCAGGCCUUCGUGGUUGGUUGACGGAAACAGGAUAGCGACAAAGAUCAGAAGUGCAUCAGGCGAUCCAGGAAACGUUUACUGGAAAAGCAACCCUUCAAGGACUUGCCCCAGCUGCCACUAUACCAUUGACAAUAGUGAUGUAACUCAAGAAUGGCCAGGAUUGCCAAGAGGUGUGAAGUUUGAUCCAUCUGAUCAAGAGAUUAUUUUCCACUUACUUGCAAAAGUUGGUGUUGAUGAUAUGAAACCCCAUCCUUUUAUUGACGAAUUCGUUCCAACGGUCCAUAAAGAUGAUGGGAUAUGCUACACUCAUCCCCAAAAUUUACCAGGUGUUAAGCAGGAUGGCACCAUUUCACAUUUCUUUCACAGAGCCAUAAAAGCUUAUAAUACCGGCACACGAAAGCGCCGAAAGAUACAUGGUAAUGAUUUGGGAGAUUUUAGGUGGCAUAAGACGGGUCGCACGAAACCUGUGUUUUUGGAUGGCGUACAAAGAGGGUGUAAGAAGAUAAUGGUUCUUUAUGUGGGCCCGGUCAAGGGGGGUGGAAAAGCCGAGAAAACAAAUUGGGUGAUGCACCAGUAUCAUCUUGGAACCGGGGAAGAUGAGAGGGAAGGAGAAUAUGUAAUUUCUAAAGUGUUUUAUCAGCAACUACAGGUGAAACAAAGUGAAAAAACGGAACAUGCAUCUCCUGAGGAUUCUGAAAGUUUGGGUGCUAAUAACGAUCCAUAUACCCCAAAAACCGAGACUCCUGAACCUGCUCAUAUAGAAAGAAGACUGUUGAGUUCAGUUGCAGAACUGGAGACCCCUAAUGUUGAGGUAUGCAAUCAAGAAGAAACCAUAGAGAACCAAACCAAGCGAAUGGAGGUGCAAAAUGAGAUUGAAGAGGGAGAUGAACGCAAAUGGUGGGGCAGUCAAGACGAAGCAGCACAGUAUCUCUUAAGCUCACAACAGCUCGUGGAAGGGCUGUCCUUGUUCGAUGAACUCCUGCAGAGCCAGUCUCCAAGUAGGGAUGGAGGGCAAAAUGGGAAAGAGCACAAGGGAAUGCCGCGUCUUUCGGAUUAUAGACACUUGGGGACAGAGACUUUUAAGAAGGAUCUGGAGACGUGCCAAGAACUGGUCCUUGAUCCACCGCCUGCGAUUAAUACAGAGGGUGAAACAGUCAACAACAGCCAAGAGUUUGUCAUUGAUCAAGAAAAUAUAGUUCUAGAGACACCACCUGAAAGGCUUACCCAACUCGAGUUUGAGUCUCAGGACAGUUACCUUGCUUGGGGAGGGAACAAGAUUGAUUCUUCUGAGAGAGGCAGCGGUUAAUCAUCGUUUCUAACCUUUGCAGCCAGGAAGCAGCAAAAUGGUGUCUUGACAAAACCUUUUUUCUGCCUCAAUCCAAACUAACACUUAUUGGAGAUGGGAGUUGAUGAUGUUAAAAUAUGUAGUGUUGUAACAUAUGGAGCAUGAAGUUGUGUUUUGUACUUCUUUGAACUGACUCUGGUGGCCUAUAAGUAAUGCUCCCUCUGUCCAAAAUUUUCCAUGUUUUUGUCUUGUCACGCUUGUAAGGAUAAUGAAACUGUGUGGUUGCAAUGGAUAGGGAUAGAGUAGUUGGUUUCAGAAUGUCCAUGAUUUUGACCCUAUUGCGCCCCUCGUCCCAUUAUUUUCGAAACAUUGAGUACAAAAUUGUUGAUAUGAUUUGUAUUGGGUAUAACUUAAGCUCUCUGCUCUUUCUCUGCAAAUAACUCAUACUAUUACAGCUAGAUCAUCAUCCUCUUUAUUAAAUUGAACAACAAAAAAAAAACAAAAAGAGAGAGAGUAUGGUAUGGUUAUAAUUAAUUUGUAUGUAUGCCUUAAAUACCCUUGAAUUGCUAUACAUGAAUACAGACACAUAUACUAUAUAGUAGUAUCGGGCUGCUGUUACUGUUCCGGCGCGGCGGCGGCGGCCUAUAUAUAUUUGUGUGUAUAUGAAGUAAAUAAGAAGAAGAAGAAUCAGUCUUGCCAACAGAGGAGCAUGACAACACAUCUCUUGAUGAUGUAGAGCUUGGCUCUCUGUUCUCUCAGA